UUCCCCUGGGGGCUAAAGCUUCCGUUAACCUUCGAUAACCAUCGUUCUUGCUGCUAAUUGUCGUCUCCGUCGCAGAUUAUGGAGUCUAUGUCCCACUCUUCGACCUUUCUUCUGCCUGUGAUUCCGCCGGAGAAGAACCGCCCUUCCUUAACCAACGCACUCGUUAUUCUGAACCAGCGUCUACCGAGAUUCGCUCCUCUGCUUUGGGAGCACGCACAAACACGAGUUUGCGCUGAUGGAGGUGCCAAUCGUUUGUACGAUGAAAUGCCUCUGCUCUUGCCCCAUGAAGAUGCCUCACAUGUUCGAACCAGGUACGUGCCAGAUGCAAUUAAAGGUGACAUGGAUUCAAUACGAUCUGAAGUACUUGGCUUCUAUAAAGUUCUGGGAACUAAGAUAAUAGAUGAAUCUCAUGAUCAGGACACCACAGAUUUGCACAAAUGUGUUGCCCACAUCCGUGACUGUACUUCAGAUAUGGAUAAGUCAUCACUAAGGAUUCUUGUAACUGGAGCACUUGGUGGGCGAUUUGACCAUGAGAUUGGAAAUAUAAAUGUUCUGUGCCGUUUCUCUGAUACUCGAAUUAUUCUUCUAUCUGACGAUUGCCUCAUUCACCUUCUUCCAAUGAAUUAUCAUCAUAAGAUCCAUAUUCAAUCUUCCGUCGAGGGUCCACACUGUGGACUCAUCCCCAUUGGGAUGCCAUCUGGAAGUUCUACUACCACUGGACUCCAGUGGGAUCUCAAUGAUACCGAGAUGAAAUUUGGUGGUUUAGUAAGCACAUCGAAUAUUGUAAAAGGAGAGGUAGUCACAGUACAGUCGGAUUCAGAUCUUCUGUGGACAAUUUCUAUCAAGAAGCCCUAGUAUUUUUGAUGAUUCAGGACACAUUUGAUCUUUCGGAUCUAUCAUAUCUGCGCAGAUGAAUCCUACAGGCUAUUUCUUUUUCCAACAUUUCUGAUGUUCUAUUUUGUUCUUAACUCUGUGCAUAAGGGGAGGUGUAUUUGAUUGACUUUUAGAUGUCUAGGAAUGUUGAAAUUCUAUCCCUUACUA